AUGGCCAAUGCAACUUUCGCUAUCGCCGACAAGGGAGUUUGGGAGAUUACGGGCUACGGACCGUAUCUCUCAUCACCUUGGACCACCGGUGACGCAGUCAUUGCAGGCGCUAACAUCAAAGUCUCGUUCCUGCCUUCUAACACCUUGAAGACUACCCCAGAUAUUCGCUUGAUUCAGUUCAAGAAUCCCCUGAUCAAGAAUGAUGACAGUAAUGUCAAAUGGUGGGUAGACCGUCGUGGUGAUAACGAGAGCCCUUUCUUCGGUUGGACCAAGGACGGUCCUACUGGCAAGUUGGCCGCGAAGAAGGGAACCAUGGGUGCCUUGGAGAGCUACUGGGGAAAGUCCUCUGUUCAACGUGGAUCCAAACCAGCAAGCAACUCGAACAAGGGCCCUAUUCCAGCCUACAUCAUCGAUUGCCCUCGUGAGCCGAUCAAACCCGAGGUUGGAUCUUCUGAGACGGCCAGGUUCACCGUCUUCGCCUACGACUUCUCCAACAGCAUCUGGCUUUCCGGAAUAGAGUGGGGAUACACUUUGAUCGGACCAGGCACGAACGGUGAAAGCCCCCAAGUGAAGACCACCAAGUUGCAAGUCAGCUCCAAGGGACCCCCAACCCCUAAGUUUGAUUAUGAUCCUGCCGUUAACACUUGGAAUUCGACCCACACUGUCAAGGCGCCCGCCAUUCCGUGA